CCUACGCAGCUCCUCCCCUCGGCGGCAAGAGCGGUUGGAAGCGAGUAUGGCGGCCCCCGGGGCCGCAGCUACAGACCUAGAGGUGGUUCGAGGCAAGCGCGCCGCCCUCUUCUUCGCCGCGGUGGUCAUCGUGCUGGGGCUGCCGCUCUGGUGGAAGACCACGGAGACCUACCGGGCCCCAUUGCCUUACUCCCAGAUCAGUGGGCUGAAUUCCCUGCAGCUCCGGCUCAUGGUGCCGGUCACUGUCGUGUUUACCCAGGAAUCAGUGCCAUUGGACGACCAGGAGAAGCUGCCCUUCACCGUUGUGCAUGAGAGAGAGAUCCCUCUGAAGUACAAAUUGAAAAUCAAAUGCCGUUUCCAGAAGGCCUAUCGGAGGGCUUUGGAUCAUGAGGAGGAGGCCCUGUCAUUGGGCGGUAUACAAGAGGCAGAAACCAUGUUUGCUGAGCCAUCGGAGCAAGCAGAGGGCUCCUUGACAGUGUACGUGAUCUCUGAACACUCCUCACUUCUCCCUCAGGACAUGAUGAGCUACAUUGGGCCCAAGAGGAUGGCAGUUGUGCGGGGGAUAAUGCACCGGGAGGCCUUUAACAUCAUUGGCCGCCGUGUAAUCCAAGUAGCCCAGGCCAUGUCUUUGACUGAGGACGUGCUUGCUGCAGCCUUGGCUGACCACCUCCCAGAGGACAAGUGGAGCUCUGAUAAGAGGCGGCCUCUCAAGUCCAGCUUGGGCUAUGAAAUCACCUUCAGUUUACUCAACCCUGACCCCAAGUCCCAUGACGUCCACUGGGACAUUGAGGGGGCUGUCCAGCGCUACGUGCAGCCCUUCCUGAAUGCCCUCAGGGCUGUGGGCAACUUCUCUGUGGACUCUCAGAUCCUUUACUACGCAGUGUUGGGGGUAAACCCCCGCUUUGACCCAGCUUCCUCCAGCUAUUAUUUGGCCGCACACAGCCUCCCCCAUGUCAUCAACCCAGUGGAGUCCCGGCUUGGAUCCAGCGCUGCCUCCCUUUACCCUGUGCUCAACUUUCUACUGUAUGUUCCUGAGCUUGCCCACUCCCCCCUGUACAUUCAGGACAAGGAUGGGGCUCCAGUGGCCACCAACGCCUUCCACAGUCCCCGCUGGGGUGGCAUUAUGGUAUACAAUGUGGACCCCAAAACCUACAAUGGCUCGGAGCUGCCGGUGAGAGUCAAGGUGGACAUGGUGCGGGUGAUGGAGGUGUUCCUGGCUCAGUUGCGGCUGCUCUUUGGGAUUGCUCAGCCCCAGAUGCCUCCAAAAUGCAUGUUUUCAGGGUCUAAGAGUGAAGGGAUAAUGAGCUGGGAGCUGGACCGGCUGCUCUGGGCUCGGUCAGUGGAGAACCUGGCCACAGCCACCACCACUCUCACUUCCCUGGCCCAGCUUCUGGGCAAGAUCAGCAACAUUGUCAUCAAGGACGAUGUGGCAUCUGAGGCUCUCAAGAAACAUUGGUUGAAUGUGAAUUGGAAUGAUAUGAAGUAUGAGCAUACCUUUCAUUCUUCGUUCGUAUGUAAGUAAUGGUUUCCUGGUGUCUGUCCUCCUGGGCUCACUGGUCCAUUUUGCUUCCACCUGGCCAUGUGCCCUUCUUGCCUCGAUGUCCUGGAGGGCCCUGUGGUGGCUGGACAUUGUAGGCUGUUGUCCUUCGGUAUGUCCUGGGUUGUCUAGCAGGGGGUCUGGGAGAGAAUAGCUUGUACCAGUGUAAGCCCUCAGAUACUAACUGAUUCAUAAAUUCAAAAAAAGAACAUACAGUUGACCCUUGAACAACAUCGGGGGUGGGGUGCCCACCCUCUGUGCAUUCAAAAAUCAGAGUAUAAUUUAUAUUUGGCUCUGUUGAUCUGCAGUUCCAUAUCCAGAGAUUCAGCCAACCUCCCAUCGUGUAGUACUGUAGUAUUUUCUAUUGAAAAAAAUCCACAAAUAGGUGGUCCCACGCACUUCAAACCCAUGUUGUUCAAGGGUCAACUGUAUUGAGCACAGGCUGCACGGGGCACUGUGCUAGGUAGGUGCUGGGUAUUAUAGAGAACAAAGACAGGAUCUCCACUUUCACCGAACUGGUCUUUUAGGAGGCGGAGUCAGUGAGCAAAUGAAACUAAUUUCAGAUAAUGCAUUAGAAAGAAAAAACAGGCUGAUCAGAUGGUGACUGGGCGUGUUUGAGAGGGUCUCUGAGCAGAUGACAUUUGAGCUGAGACCAGAAGGGCAAGAGGAGGCCAUCUGGGGGAAGAGCAUCCCAGGCAAAGACCCUGAGGCGGGAACUCGCUUGCGGGGCAGAGGGAGGGGGGGGAGUGGCUAGAGCACAGCGAGUAAGAAGGAGAAGGUAGCCAAGACCCCUUAAAAUCCCUAUCGAAAAAAUGAAAGAAGCCCAGGGCGGGCCGCCUCCCUGCCCCGGGUGAGUAGCCCAGGUGGGCGGGCGGUGGGCGGGGCCAGUACCGGGCCCACCCUGGGGGCGGGGCGGUACCUGGGGCCCCUGCCCGGCCGGGGGCGGGGCUGCGGACGCUCCCCCUUCCCUCGGCUCCAGCCGGCGCAGGCAG